CCCCAAGCGAUCCCCCCGUUUAGGCCCCCUUUCCCCCUUGCUUGGACACGGUAUCCCUGCCAUCAUCAUCAGCCCUGCCUGUCGUGCCGUCCCAUUAAUGAAAAUGUGGCCCUCAGCCCAAACGUCACAACGCCAGUCAGUCGCUCUUUCCCAUUUUCCCGCCAUUGCAAGACUAAACUCCGAGAAAAGAAAAAUAAGGGAAUUAUGAUGCUGGUGUAGGAUUUUUUGUGAGAUCUUCCCCCUUUUCUUUUUUUUUGCUUCUGAUUUUCUGGUUUGGCGAAGAGGAGUGUUGGGGAGGAAGGGUAGGGUUUUGGAAAGGGAAUGGAUUGAUGAAUGAAUGGAUGGGUGUUAAUUAUGUUCUUGUUCCUGACAGAUUCCGUGCGAAGCUGCUUUGGUGUUUCUGGUGUUGGGACGGGCGCCGAUAAGGCUGAAGUGUUUGAAAACGCCGACGACGAAGAAAGACCGCGGGACUCCUUGGAUAUCGAGAGGAUGGCAUCAUGGGCGGGAACACCGCAUGUCAAGGGGUCGACGGAGAGGAUGAAGAUGAUGUUGUUAACCUUCUCCCUGGUGGGGUUGCAGUAAGCAUAUGGUUUGUCCGUCUAGCACCGCAUUGGACUGAUAAUUCUCUCGUUUUGCGCGGGUUAUAGGUUUACUUGGGGUAUUGAAAUGACUUGUAUGUACUUCCCAUUGAUUCCGGUCUUGGUGUUGUGGUUCAAUUGCUGAUUUGGGUGAUGGUAUAGAUUGCACGCCCUACCUCCUCCAACUCGGCCUGACCAAAUCGAAAACAUCCCUCGUCUGGAUCGCAGGGCCGCUCUCGGGGUUAAUCAUGCAGCCUAUCAUUGGUGUUAUUGCGGAUCGAUCGACCUCGAAAUACGGACGACGGAGACCGUUCAUGGUAUUGGGGUCGGUGGUUGUUGCUGGGUUCCUCCUACUGCUUGGGUGGACGAAGGAGAUUGUAGGGCAUUUCCUGCCGGAAGGAGAGUUGAGGAGGGAGUGCACGAUUGCUGUUGCGGUGUUCUCGAUUUAUGCGGUCGAUUUUGCGAUUAAUGCUGGUUAGUCACUUUUGGGUGGAGCGAAGGGAUGGGAGUUUGGUGCUGACCCGAGAAGUACAGUCCUGUUGUCGAAGUUUGAUCGUUGAUACGUUGCCGAUUCCUAAGCAGCAAACUGGAAGUGCUUGGGGUGAGAAAUGAUAUAUCUCCACUUAUUGAGAACCACGACUAACAUCGCUUAGGAAGCAGAAUGGUUUCUAUUGGUCACCUUGUUGGAUACGCCGUUGGGACUAUUGAUUUAGUUGCCAUUUUCGGUCCUCGUUUUGGAGACACACAAUUCAAGAAAUUGAUCUUGGUAGCUGCUUUUGGGCUCAUGGUCUCAGUCGGAGUAACCUCAUGGGCUGUCACAGAACGAGUUUUGAUCUCCAGCAGAGCCACUGAAUCCAAAGAUGGUGGACUCAAGAUCAUCAAGCAGAUCAUUAGCACGGCUACAAAUCUUCCUCCGAGGAUACAGGCAAUUUGCAAUGUCCAAUUGUGGAGUGUAAGUCAUCCGUUUCUAUGUAAAGUUUGGUACUGACAUAUUCGCUAGUGGAUCGGAUGGUUCCCCUUUCUCGUCUAUUCCACAACCUGGGUAGGAGAGCUCUAUUUCCGCUACGACGCACCACACGACGUCAAACAAUCCAAAGAUGCCCUGGGUGACAUUGGAAGAAUAGGGAGUUUGGCUCUCGUAGUCCAAUCCAUCGUAACCUUCUUUGGGGCCAUGCUCCUCCCCCUUUUCGUGCGAUCUCCCGAAGAAAGCGGCUUCACAGCCCGUCCACCAGCCGCAAUCGCAGGUCUGGUAACGAAAGUCAAUGAACACAAACCUGAUUUACUUACCGCUUGGAUAUGGGGACAUUGUCUAUUUAGUUUCGCAAUGUUCAUGGCUCCCUUCGCGCAUUCCUUCCGCUUUGCAACUUUCCUCGUGGCGCUUUGUGGAUUGCCUUGGGCACUAGCAACAUGGGCACCAGCAACAUUCAUGGGAAUAGAAGUCAACCGCCUCUCCUCCACCCCCGUCUACCGACGAGUCUCCCAAUCACAAUCCUUGGGCAUCGAACUCACCCCCCAAUCCCCUUCAACCCCUACCACACCCUCAACCGCUACUCUCCUCCGUCUCGAACACGGUCCUUCCUCCGCCAACGAAGCCGUCUCCUCGACCGGCGAGCUGUCCGGCCUCUACUUUGGCAUCCUGAAUAUCUAUACGACAAUCCCACAGUUCAUAGGCACGUUUAUCUCCAUGAUUGUGUUUAGUAUCCUGGAGCCUGGGAAGAGUCCUGAGUUAGCGGGUGGUGAGACGGCGGAGAGUGCGAAGGAGGGACUGAAUGGGAUUGCGGUUUGUCUUUUUAUUGGGGCGUUGUGUACGGUUGGGGCGGCUUUUGCGACGAAGAGGUUGAAGGAUUUGCAGGCUUGAAGAAAGAGAGAUGUGGGAGGAAGUGUAAGAGUGGAGGUAGCUAGGGAGAGAAGGGCUGUAAGAAGUAUGGGGAGAUGUAGGGUUUUGUGGUAUGCACUCGGUGGGGGGUCUUUUGUACCUUAUAUGGUUCUUGCGAGGCGUUUUUGGAAUUGGGAUCUUGUGGUCUUGCGUGUGGGGUUUGUUUUGCUUUGCUUGUAUAGAUAGACCGACUUGAUAUCCGGGGUUACAGACGGAUUUUUAGAGAGAUAAAUAGAUUGGAUUGGAAUGCUUUUGCAUUACUUUGCUG